UUUCUUCACCGGUCAAGCCAAGCGGCGGCUCUGAAAAAUGACGCCAUUGGAGUGAUUGUGAAAAAAUUUAAAUCCGAACGCAUCAUUAUUAAAAUGUGUCAAUUCAUUGAAUAAGAUAGCAAAAGUGCAAUAAUUUCGACCUGAAAUAGCACAGCUUCAAAGAUGUACUUGUAUAAUUUGACGCUCCAAAAGGGCACCGGCGUCACGCACGCCGUGCACGGCAACUUCUCGGGCGGCAAGCAGCAGGAGGUGCUCUUGUCACGUGGCAAGUCGCUGGAAUUGCUGCGACCCGAUCCCAACACCGGCAAAGUCCACACGCUGAUGUCAACGGAAAUAUUUGGCUGCAUUCGAGCGCUGAUGGCCUUUCGCUUAACUGGCGGCACAAAAGAUUACAUUGUGAUUGGCUCUGAUUCUGGUCGCAUUGUCAUUCUGGAGUACAUUCCCAGCAAGAAUUCGCUGGAGAAAGUGCAUCAGGAGACAUUUGGAAAGUCAGGCUGUCGUCGCAUUGUGCCGGGCCAAUACUUUGCCAUCGAUCCCAAGGGACGUGCCGUGAUGAUUGGUGCCGUUGAGAAACAAAAGUUGGCCUACAUCAUGAAUCGUGACACACAGGCGCGUCUAACCAUAUCCUCGCCCCUGGAGGCACACAAAUCCAACACGCUGACUUAUCACAUGGUUGGCGUGGAUGUUGGCUUUGAUAAUCCCAUGUUUGCGUGUCUGGAAAUCGACUAUGAGGAGGCCGACUUGGAUCCAUCAGGUGACGCCGCACAGCGCACACAGCAAACGCUAACAUUUUACGAGCUUGACUUAGGCUUGAAUCAUGUGGUGCGGAAAUACUCUGAACCACUGGAGGAGCAUGCCAAUUUUUUGGUAUCUGUGCCCGGCGGCAAUGACGGACCCUCGGGUGUGCUCAUCUGCUCGGAGAAUUAUCUGACGUACAAGAAUCUGGGCGAUCAGCAUGACAUUCGCUGUCCCAUUCCGCGUCGUCGUAAUGAUCUCGAUGAUCCGGAACGUGGCAUGAUCUUUAUAUGCUCGGCCACACAUCGCACCAAGAGCAUGUAUUUCUUUCUGCUGCAAACCGAGCAGGGCGACAUUUUCAAAAUCACCCUCGAGACAGAUGACGAUGUGGUGUCUGAGAUCAAGCUCAAGUACUUUGACACGGUACCGCCAGCAACGGCAAUGUGUGUGCUGAAGACGGGUUUCUUGUUUGUGGCCAGCGAAUUUGGCAACCAUUAUCUGUAUCAGAUUGCACAUCUGGGUGAUGACGAUGAUGAGCCCGAAUUCAGCUCUGCCAUGCCAUUGGAGGAGGGUGAAACUUUCUUCUUCGCUCCACGUGCAUUGAAGAAUCUCGUUCUGGUCGAUGAGUUGCCCUCGUUUGCGCCAAUCAUCACCUCACAGGUGGCUGAUUUGGCCAACGAAGAUACACCGCAGCUGUAUGUGCUCUGCGGGCGUGGUCCACGCUCAACUUUGCGCGUUUUGCGUCACGGUCUCGAGGUAUCCGAGAUGGCUGUCUCGGAGCUACCCGGUAAUCCAAAUGCCGUGUGGACUGUCAAAAAACGCAUAGAUGACGAGUUUGAUGCCUAUAUCAUCGUAUCCUUCGUGAAUGCCACGCUCGUGCUCAGCAUUGGUGAGACCGUCGAGGAAGUGACGGACAGCGGGUUUCUGGGCACAACGCCAACAUUGUGUUGUGCUGCUCUCGGUGACGAUGCUCUAGUGCAGGUUUAUCCCGAUGGCAUUCGUCACAUACGCUCCGAUAAGCGUGUGAACGAGUGGAAAGCGCCCGGCAAGAAGUCCAUUACCAAAUGCGCCGUCAAUCAACGCCAGGUGGUCAUUACGCUCUCCGGUCGUGAAUUGGUCUACUUUGAAAUGGAUCCGACUGGCGAGCUAAACGAGUACACAGAACGCUCGGAGAUGCCGGCAGAGAUCAUGUGCAUGGCUCUGGGCACUGUGCCUGAGGGCGAGCAGCGUUCCUGGUUCUUGGCUGUUGGCCUCGCUGACAACACUGUGCGCAUACUCUCGUUGGAUCCGAACAACUGUUUGUCGCCUUGCUCCAUGCAGGCGCUGCCCUCGCCAGCCGAGUCGCUGUGUUUGGUCGAGAUGGGGCACACGGAGAGCACCACAAACGCAAGCGGUGCGGAUGAGGAUGUACCUGCCCAGCGCAGUGGCAGCAAUAAGGGUACAAUCUAUCUGAACAUUGGCUUGAGCAACGGUGUCUUGUUGCGCACUGUGCUGGAUCCCGUGUCUGGAGAUUUGGCCGAUACGCGCACCAGAUAUUUGGGCUCGCGACCAGUGAAGCUAUUUCGCAUUAAGAUGCAGGGCUCCGAAGCCGUCUUGGCAAUGUCCAGUCGCACUUGGCUGUCGUAUUACCAUCAGAAUCGUUUCCAUUUAACCCCACUGUCGUAUGAGACACUGGAGUACGCCUCAGGCUUCUCCAGCGAGCAGUGUAGCGAGGGCAUUGUGGCCAUAUCGACGAAUACGCUGCGCAUUCUGGCGCUGGAAAAACUGGGCGCAGUCUUCAAUCAGGUGGCAUUUCCACUGCAGUUUACGCCACGCGCCUUUGUCAUCCAUCCGGAUACAGGACGCAUGCUAAUUGCGGAGACGGAUCACAAUGCCUACACCGAGGAGACUAAGAACGAGCGUAAGGAGCAAAUGGCCGAAGAAAUGCGCAGCGCUGCCGGCGACGAGGAGCGUGACUUGGCCAGAGAGAUGGCGAACGCGUUCAUCAAUGAAGUGCUGCCCGAGGAUAUGUUCUCCGCUCCCAAGGCGGGACUCGGUCUGUGGGCUUCGCAGAUCCGUUGCCUGGACGCCAUGCAUGGCCAGACGAUGUUCAGUGUGCCGCUGGCACAGAACGAGGCCAUCAUGGCCAUGGCGAUGCUGAAGUUUUCAAUUGCGGCCGAUGGACGUUACUAUCUGGCCGUGGGCAUUGCCAAAGAUCUGCAGCUGAAUCCACGCAUCUCGCAGGGCGGUUGUAUUGAUGUCUAUAAAAUUGAUCCGACCUGCUCGGCUCUGGAGUUUCUGCAUCGCACGGAGAUUGAGGAAAUACCUGGCGCCUUGUGUGGCUUCCAGGGACGCUUGCUGGCUGGUUGUGGCCGCAUGCUGCGCAUCUAUGAUCUGGGCAAGAAGAAGAUGCUGCGCAAGUGCGAGAACAAACACAUUCCCUACCAAAUUGUCAACAUCCAGGCGAUGGGUCAUCGCGUCUACGUCUCCGAUGUGCAGGAGUCUGUCUUCUUUAUACGCUAUCGUCGCGCCGAGAAUCAGCUCAUUAUAUUCGCGGAUGAUACGCAUCCACGUUGGGUGACUGCGACAACGCUCUUGGAUUACGAUACGAUUGCCAUUGCGGAUAAGUUUGGCAAUCUGAGCAUUCAACGACUGCCGCAUUCGGUCACUGACGAUGUGGACGAGGAUCCAACUGGCACCAAGUCGCUCUGGGAUCGUGGUUUGUUGUCGGGCGCCUCACAGAAAUCGGAGAACAUCUGCUCGUUCCAUGUGGGCGAGAUAAUCAUGUCGCUGCAGAAGGCCACCCUCAUUCCUGGUGGCUCAGAGGCCCUAAUCUAUUCCACGCUGAGUGGCACGGUUGGCGCCUUUGUGCCGUUCACCAGUCGCGAGGACUAUGACUUCUUCCAGCAUCUGGAGAUGCAUAUGCGCAACGAGAAUCCGCCGUUGUGUGGUCGGGACCAUCUCAGCUACCGCAGCUCCUACUACCCGGUGAAGAAUGUUCUCGAUGGUGAUCUGUGCGAACAGUAUUUAUCGGUUGAUGCAUCCAAGCAGAAGAGCAUUGCGGGCGACAUGUUUCGCACUCCGAAUCAGAUCUGCAAGAAACUGGAGGACAUUCGCACCCGCUAUGCGUUCUAAAUAGUUUAUACUUGGAUACACAGAAGCAAGAACACAUAAUUUUAUAUAUUUGUCUAUAAGUCGUAUCCUUUACCCAGGAUUGCGGAUCUCUCAAGCGGCGGAACCCAUUUGAGAAAACUUAAAAGGUCUUGCGCCUUUGGGAGUCCUUUGGGUUUCUGUCUUAAAUUUUUUAAAUACUAGUUUAAAUAUGUAGUUGGUAAUACUACUUAGCCAUUAAUAAUACACAACAUACACAACCACUAAAUGACUGCCUAUUUAUAUUAGAUGUAAUUGUUGCACAAAUUGAAAUAUUUGUGCAGCUUAUUUCAUAGCCACACUGUAAUUUAAGCAUGAUACAAACAAAAUAAUAAUAGAAAACACACUAAAAGCAUGUUUUAAUAAAACUUACAUUUAUAUGAAA